CUUUUUCCGGCAGCUUGCUGUUGUCUAAAGAUGUAAAGAAGAAUGGAUGCAUUUGGACUUUGUAUUUUCAUUUGCAUGCUGUAUAUACGUACUGUUAUGGAGCAAGUAGUCUUUGCUUAAUGCUUAAAAAAGCUACUCAAGUACUUAAAUAUACGGAAGCAUGAACUUGUUUAUGAUAAAUGGAAAAGGUAGGCACCCGACCUUCAGUAGGAUUUAGAGGAAGUUUUAUCUGUCUUACCUUUUGUCAGUUUUUGUGACCACAAGCGUUUUCUGCAACUGGAUUCAGCUACGACAUUGGCUGCUUUUUGGGACAUUCUAUCGUGACUGAAGAUCUUUAAGUUCCACAAAUCCACGCACCUAUCAUGCAUUUUGGAUCCUACAUGAAAAGUCAUAUAUGCUGUAUUUUGUGCGAAAAAUUUCAGGAUUCGUGAUGCUUUUUGUUUAUAAAAUAUCUCAGACAUUGUACUACCAAGCUCAUGCUAAUGUAGGUUCAAAUCGAACAUAUUGUCCAGAAAUUUGUGAGAAGUCGUCGGAUAAUUGAGUUGGCUCCACUCUGUUCGCAUAAGAAACACCACAUUGGAAGAACGGCUUGGAUUGCAGUUUCUCUGUCCAAUCAAAGACUACCAAAUGCUUAUCCAGCAACAAAAUUAAGAAUUAAUAAGGAAUUUGUGGGAAAGCAACAAAGAAGUACUGAUACAAUUUCAAUCACUGUAAAUUUGAAAAAAGAGCAGGCUUCAGUAAAUUGCUAAACUUCAAUAUGAUAAAAAACCUCACAGUGAGUAUUUGAUAUUUGGAAGAUAUAUCUGUGUCUGGAACAUUGGCAAGAGUUGUAAAUAUGAAGGGAAACCAUUCAACAAAAUUAAUGAAAAACAUAAAUAAUGAAGGUAAACAUUCUAGUUUCGAGAAAUAUGCAUAUAUUGCUUAAACAAACAGUUAGUAACCGAUAAACUGCCAUAAGCAAAAUCAAAUACCUACAACUGUUCACGUGUUAGCUAUGUACAAACAAAUGAAUGACUAAUAGAAGAUACUCACUUUGCUUAGGUGAUGAUGGUACCGAAAGGCAUCAAAAUGGUGAAGGAAAGCUGAUGCUAAAAUUGCUAUAGUGCUACUCUAAGCUAACUUGACCAAUUUAAGAUGCCUUUUUACUAGUUUGUGAGCCUUAAGUACUGGCUCGCCCAUAACAUGUUUAUAGCAUUCAUUUAUGCAUAUUCAUGUUCAAUUCGUCUGUCAAAAGGAAAGUGUUUAUCGGCAUUAGCAUAUUCCUGCAAGGUGCCAACAAGUUACAGAGGGACACUAUCUUCAGCGGCUCAGCCAAUGGUUCUCGACCAUGACAGAUGUUCCUUAGCUUUCAACAGAGACUAUUUGAAGCGGAUAAAUUUGUAUCGUAAGCGAAUAUGGACAUGUAAGAUGACAGGGAAGUCUGGCUUCACUUAUGAGGAGGCUUUGCUGUCCGAGGAUAAGGGCAAAGAGGGUACUUUUCAAUUACCAAAGGAGUUGAUUGCCCCUGCAUUGCAAUUGGUUCAGUUUAGUCCUAUGAAUUUGGAUAAUUUAGCUACGAUGAUAUACGAGAGACUAAGAAGGCACUUUUCAGAAGGCGAGGAGGUGCAUGGACAAAAAGAUGAAUCGGUUGUUCGUUGCAGAAUUUUGAAGGUUAUUAAAAUUUCUGAUGCUAAUGAUAUAGCUUAUGGAGUUGCAUGGCUAGAUGGAAAAAAAAAUGUAACCAGCACAUCCAUUGAGAAGGCUGAGAACUUGAGCCGGAAGAAGCAACCUUUUUCUAAAAAACUUCUCAAGUCAUUGAUCUUAGCUUCUACUACACAGAGUUCUCCAUGGGUUCUACAUGACAGUUUAGCUCAGGAGCAUGGAAUUCCUACUGAACCACCUGAGGUGAUGAAGAGUCAGGUAUCAAGUAAAAGUUCACAGCUUAAUAGCCAGGAAGCACACAGUACAGGGGUGCUGGAGCUUGGGAGGGAAUUUAUCGAUGAAAUUAAAAGGCUGCAUGGGAGUGCUGAUGGAUUCAAUCCUCUGCAGAGAAAAGAGACAGGUCCAGACUUACAGUUGAAUAAUGUGCCCUUGGUUGAUGGAUCAUGCUACUGCUUAAAGGAUAGGGAAAUGAACUUGGAAAAGAUAAAAUACCCCAUCGAUGAUCUGUUAGUUAUGCCUGUUGCUGGGGAUCCAACUUACACUGAGCGUCCCAUUCCCUGCACCAAGUUCUCUGUGCCCAUGGAAUGUGUGGGGAACCUUAUAAUGGUUUGGGAUUUCUGCUCUACCUUCUACAAGCUUUUACACUUAUCUCCUUUUUCCCUCGAAGACUUUGAAAAUGCUAUUGUAUACAGUACUGGCGACCUAGACCUUAUCUUUGAGGUACAUUUAGCAAUUCUAAAUGUAAUCCUUACAGAUAAUGGCAAGCGGUCUGGAUUGAUUAAUGAACAGAAAAUGCCAAAGAUUACAUCGGCAAAUUGGGUGGACCAUUUGUGUCAUUUCUUUGAGAAGGAAAAUCAGAUUAAGAUUCUAAAGCAUUUAUUGAAACUAAAGGAUGCAAGCUACUAUAAGCUUGAUGUUCGGAUCAAAUUAAUUGUUUUGGGUGAAUUAGUAUCCUAUGCUCUUAUAACGGAUAUGGUCAGGGGGCAGUUGCAUGAGUACAUUGAGCAAACACAGGCUCUUGUGGCCACAAAACGUGAGGAAGACUUAGAAGAAUUACAAAAAAGAAGAGAGGAGAAGAAACUAAAACAGAUAAAACCUGAAGGGAAGGAUAACUUGCGUGGAAAUCCUUUUGCGUUGGAUGGCAGAUCAACUACUAGUAAGACCAAGAUUUGCUGUAAACCCAUUGAAGCAUUAUUAAGGGUUCAAGGCAAUGAGCCUCUGAAGUUUGAAGCUUCGCAACAAGAAAAUAAGAAUAACAGGCAUGCUGUUCUUGCAGCAAGAAGGGCUAAUAUGAGGCAGAAGCAGGAAGCAAAGAUAAUGGUGGAGAAAGAGAGAGAGUUAAAGAGGUCUGAGGAAAGUCAAAGACUGCGUGCACAAAGGACUACAAAAGCGAAGGAAGCAAGAGAAAAAAUGCUUAAAGAAGAGAAGCAAGAGCACUUUAACAAAGAGAUAGAAAAGCGGGUUAUAAGGACAAAUUCUCUAGGGAAGGACCGAAACCACAACAUAUACUGGUUUUUCAAGAGAGAAGGAAAAGUAUUUGUUGAAAGUGAUGAUCAUGUACAGUGGGGCUUCUAUUCAUCCCAGGAAGAACUUGAUGGCCUAAUGGCAUCGUUAAACCCAAAAGGCGAGAGAGAACUGGCUCUAAAAGAACAGCUGGAGCAGCAAUAUACAAAAAUAUGUAUUCUGUUAAUGGUUGUCAUUGGCAAACUUCCACGUGGAUGUCAGAUAUGCAAAUUGUGACUCCCAAUUUUGUCAUUUGUCAUUUCUUCUGUGCAUUUUGUACACCCAAUUGCUAGAUCCCUCUUGAGCUGUGUCCAUCCUCAGCUUUCCGAUUGUUUUAAUCUUUGUUCGUCUCAAUGAGAGGUGAUUCAUAAGAGCUGGAAAAGAGAAAAAACUUACUCUCAUUUGUCUCCAUAAUUCAUACACGGAUGUCUGAGGAUCCAGAACACCAAGCACUGUUAACCCCCAUUCCUUGUCUUGCAAGGAUGUCAUUGCCACAAUUCACAAACAUAUAUGUUUAUAACUAUCACAAUCACCC